AUGGUGCUGGAUAAGAGUGCGGUGACAACGUUUGACCUGCCCCUCUCAGCCAGCCAUGGAGCCACUGACGCUUCUGCCUCUAACAUCAGCGUGGAUGGAGCAGGGGCUGUGGCCGGGGUGGAAUCUCUGGCUGGGGGGGCUGAAGUGUCAGUGGGCGCCGAGGCCCAGCGGACACGGGCUGCUCUGGAGCAGCUACAGCAGAAGAUGCUGAAGAGCAUUGAGCAGAUCCGGAUAGAACAGGAGGCACGAAAUGACAAUGUGGCAGAGUACUUGAAGAUGGCCCACAAUGCCAACAGCCAUCAGGCUUUUCGCAUCAAACAGGUGUUUGAGAAGAAGAACCAGAAGUCUGCACAGACCAUCGCCCACCUGCACAAGAAGCUAGAUCACUACCACAAGAAGUUUAAGGAGAUACAGCAGCAAGGUCUGGGCCGGCAGCCUAAGGAUGUGCUGGGGGAUAUGCAGCAGGGGCUGAAGGAUGUAGGGGCUAACGUACGGGCAGGGAUCAGUAGCUUUGGUGGAGGUGUGGUGGAGGGUGUCAAAGGGGGCGUGUCAGAACUCACCCAUACAGCUGUGGUGUCUAAGCCCCUGGAGUUUGUCAGCUUGAUCCGCAACAAGUUAGGCAGCACACACUCGCUGGAAGAUGGUGUGGAGGAGCAUUCAGAUGAUGUACCCCUGAGUAGCAGCGUCACCUUGGCCUCCAGCUCAAAGUACAGUAGUGACGACGAGUGCUCCAGUGACUCUGUGACAGAUAGUAAUUAUUUUGGGGCUGGGGGAGGAGGGGGGAUGUUGGGGUUGGGGCUGGCCAGGCUGGACGGGAACGACCACCACAGGUCCUGGGACACUUGGCUGGAAGGCCUGCAGGAGAUCAAAGCCAGCCAGGCCCACAUGGAGGACGCCAUCGAGGACAUGAAGAGUCAGCUGCAGAGCGACUACGCCUACAUGACCCAGUGCCUACAGGAAGAGAAAUACAGGUAUGAGCUACUGGAGGAGCAGCUGAAUGACCUGACAGAGCUGCACCAGAACCAGAUGUCCAACCUGAUACAGGAGCUGGUCAGCAUGGAAGAGAAAGUAACCUACCAGUCCUAUGAGAGAACCAGAGACUCUCAGGAGGCGGUGGAGUCAUGCAUGAACCGCAUCACUAGGUUAGAGCUGCAACAGCAGCAGCAGCAGAUGCUGCAAUGGGAGGGUGUGGAGAACGCCAAUGCCCACGCCCUGCUGGGAAAACUCAUCAACAUCAUCCUGGCUGUCAUGGCUGUAGUGCUAGUGUUCGUCUCCACCCCUGCUAACUUUAUCACCCCACUCAUAAAGACCAGAGCACGCGUGGCUGCCACUGUCUUGCUGGCCCUUUUUCUGUUUAUCCUCUGGAAGUACUGGGACUUCUGGGAGCUUUGGCUACUGCCAGGCUGACCCCUCCAUAGGCCAUCACCCACACACAUUGUUUUGACUUGACCUAUCACCUGCACUGAAAAAAAUGAAGGUUCCUUGGAGAACUCUUGCCCGAUAAAUAAACUUGGAGUUAAGUGUAAGGUUCAUGA